AUGAAACCUCUGAAAUCUGAUCUAAACUACACCCAAACCCUUAUCCGAAAUCUUAUUUCUGACAACAAAAGCUUGCAUGAAGACGUUGAAGAUUUUCGAGUCGUCCUAGAAGCAGUCGCAGACAAGCUAAAAGAUCUUAAAAAGGAACUCGAUAAUGAAAAAAUUCGCGGCCAAAAGGUUGAUUUUUUAGAAGAACAAAUAAGCCAGGAAAGAAAAAAAGGCGACUCUUUGGCUGAGUCAAAUUUUCGGCUAAAAGAAAGAUAUUUAAGCAUGCUUGAAGUGAUGAGACAGGCAGCUUUUGAGAUCUCUGAACAAGAUAAAGAGGAUCAGCUUGUAAUUGACCAUUUAAUAAGAGAAAAUAAACAUUUGAGAGAGAUGUUGGGGAUUUCAAGGCUGGAUGAGUCAGCUAUGAAAGAAAUUGAUGAAGCUCUUUUAAUGGAAGAAGAAGGGCUAGUUUCUAUGAAUCAGCAAGAGUAUCAAACCAUAAUUGCAGAAUUUGUGAAGAAGAAACAAAAAAAAGAAGAAAACUUGUUGCUGCCGCCAAAACCGACGAAAAAAUCGUAUUUAUUAGCCCCAAAGCAAGAGUCAAAUCCUCAAUAA